AUGACUAGAGGGCUGCAUGCGCUUAUACCCUUGCUUGCGUUAGCUGCACAAGCAUGGGCUGCGACUGUCGUGGUGGUCAAUGGGACCGCGAGCCAUCCUAUCCCAUCCACCCUCUACGGCCAAAUGUUCGAGGUCUGUAUAUCAAUCGGCGACGGAGGCUUAUAUGCGGAACUCCUACAAAAUCGAGCCUUCCAGCAGGUCACGGCUGGCACAUCUGCCGCAUUGACUGCAUGGUCGGCGGUCGGCGACGCAACCAUCGCCGUCCUCGCCGAUUCCGACCCGGUUUCCUCAGCCCUUCCUAACUCGUUGCAAUUAACAAUCCCCUCGGCAUCGUCUGGUUCAGUAGGGUUUGCUAACUCCGGAUACUUUGGUUGGUGCUUUCUCACUUCGCACAGUUGGACGUACAACGCCUCAUUCUUCUUCAAGGUUCCGACUGUCCUGGACACGGACCUCGUAGCCACAGUCGCCCUGCAAACAUCGUCUGGUUCCGUCCUGGCUGCAUCCAAUGUCACCAUCCCCGCGAACCAGACCUCUUGGACGCAAGCGUUCACGACCCUCGCGCCGGCCUCGUCUGCCAGUGAUGCGUCCAACCUGUUCACGGUCACGGUCGACGGUGCGAGUGCAGCGGGCGCAGCGGUUAACUUCGCGAUGUUUAGCUUGAUGCCGCCGACGUUCAAGGGACGGGCGAACGGCAUGCGAAUCGACGUUGCGGAGGCACUUGCAGCGAUGGGUCCUACGUUCUUCCGCCUUCCUGGAGGUAACAAUCUUGAGGGUGAGACCAUCGCGACAAGGUGGCAAUGGAAUGCCACCGUUGGCCCGCUCGUGGAUCGGCCGGGUCGUGUCGGUGACUGGGGCUACGUCAAUACCGAUGGCCUUGGUUUGCUCGAGUAUCUGCUCUGGUGCGAGGAUGUCGGCAUGGAACCCAUCCUGGCAGUAUGGUCCGGCUACGCACUCGGAGGCGAGGCUGUGUCGGAGGGCGACCUCGCGCCUUACAUUCAACAGGCCAUCGACCAAAUCAACUUCGUCAUCGGCGAUCCUUCCACAUCUGCUGCUGCUGCUCAGCGUUCUUCCCUCGGCCAUCCUGAGCCCUUCAUCUUACACCACGUCGAGAUCGGAAACGAGGACUUCGUUGGGUCUGCGUCUAGCACGUACGCGUCCUAUCGUUGGAGAGAUUUCUUCGGCAAUUUGAGCGCAACGUUCCCACAACUCCGAUUCCUUGCCACCACUCGAACGACUGGUCCUGUGCUCACCCCGAAACCAGAGGAGUACGACGUUCAUGUAUACCAAACCCCUUCGUGGUUCGCAACCAACGCGUUCAUCUACGAUAGCUUUGCUCGAGACGGGACGUUGUACUUCGAGGUGAAAUAUAGGUUCAAUGCCCCUGACCAAGGUCGUCUCCUGUUCCCUACCAUGCAGGGUGCCGCGGGAGAAGCAGCGUUCAUGACCGGCCUCGAAAGAAAUAGUGAUAUCGUUUUCGCCGCAUCAUAUGCGCCCCUGCUACAAAACGUAGCUAGCACUCAAUGGACCCCCGAUCUCGUCAGCUACGACGCCUUGAACGUCUAUUUGUCGACCAGUUACUACGUCCAGAAGUUGUUCAGCUUGAACCGCGGAGAUGAGUAUCUCCCGAGCACCUUACCAAGCAGCACCGGCACACUGCAUUGGAGUGUUACCCGACGCGUUUCGACCUCGGAGAUCUUGUUCAAGAUAUCGAACGCUGGUCCUACAGCCCAAGAUCUCAGCUUCCAGCUACCCUUCAGAAAAGUCGCGAGAUGGGGCACCGCCGAAGUACUCACCGGCCCGGCCACGGGCAGCAACACGCCGACGACUGCUGUAUCCGACCUCAUCGUGCCUGUGAAGAGAAUCUUCGCUGUCGAGGGGAAGACGGUCAACUUCACUGCCCCGGCAUUCAGUGUAAGCAUUCUGACGGUAGUUGCCCACUGA